CGCGCGCGGUCUAGCGGCCAUACCUACAGUGACUGCUGGUGUGAGUAGGUAUUAGACUACUAGAGUACUACAGUGAGUGUUACAGUGCUGUGUGUCACUACUGCUAGCCAACAUGCCGAACUGCCCCAAGUGUGAGAAGCCCGUUUAUUUUGCCGAGAGGAAGACGUCCCUGGGCAAGGACUGGCAUGCGGCAUGUCUUCGGUGCGAGAAAUGUAACAAGACCUUGACCCCUGGCAGUCACGCUGAACACGAUGGGAAGCCUUACUGCAAUCAGCCCUGCUACGCCGCCCUCUUCGGUCCUGGAGGAUUUGGUCGGGGAGGUGCAGAGAGCUAUGUGUACAAAUAAAUUUAGCGUCGAAUCUCACUUCAUUCCAUUCCUUAUUUAAUUUACAUUUUAUACAUUCAGAAAAUGACAAAUAUAUAGAGUUUAGACCCA